AUAUUGUAGGAAUUAAAUGCUAGUCGGAACUAUUGUAUGACAAGCGGUUUCUUCGACCACUAUACGCAGUUACAUUCCGGUCGGAGGAAAUGGCACCAGUCAGGUGCAGAAGGGUUUAUAGUUGCCAACCAGUCAAGUACCCUCGAAGUUGACACGUAAGAUAUGUAGCCCUCUCUACUGUACCAGGCUCAGCGGGCACAGAAAUAUGUUUCUAAGUGGAGAGAAACCCAGUUUGUACCGGAAGUUAAAGACAUAACAGGAGCACCUGACUGACAUUCGGGAGCAUUGCUGGUACAGUUGACUCCUUGCAGAAGAAUGGCCAUAGAGCAGAAACAAAGCAGGGUAGAGACAUUUGUACUGGCUGGAUCAAAUGGUCACAAUGGCCAACAAUGGCAGACUGGUCUGAGCAACAUGGUGAACCAUCCUGCAGGCAAUAACCACAUGUCGAGGAUGGCCCGCGUUGCUUCGGAUGUGAGGCAGAAGUGUGCGGCCUAUGUGCUGGCACUGAGACCGUGGAGCUUCAGUGCCUCGCUCACGCCGGUGGCACUCGGCAGCGCCUUGGCGUACAAACUGGAGGGCUCUGUGGACUUGGUCAUUCUGAUGGUGUGCGCGGUAACCGUCCUUGUGGUGCACGGGGCAGGCAACCUCGUGAACACCUACUAUGACUUCUCCAAAGGGAUUGACCACAAGAAGAGUGAUGAUAGGACUCUCGUGGAUGAGAUCUUGGCACCACAGGAUGUUGUUAUGUUUGGAGCGUUGUUAUAUUCUUUGGGGUGCUUGUGUGCCACUCUGCUCUAUUUCCUGUCUACACUUAGACUGGAACACCUAGCCCUUAUUUACUUUGGGGGGCUGUCCAGCUCUUUUUUAUACACUGGAGGCAUCGGCCUCAAGUACGUGGCCCUGGGAGAUGUGGUGAUCCUCAUCACCUUCGGCCCGCUGGCGGUCAUGUUCUCCCACGCGGUGCAGGUGGGCUACCUGUCGGUGCUGCCCCUGGUAUACGCGGUCCCGCUGGCCCUCAACACGGAAGCCAUCCUCCACAGCAACAACACCAGAGACAUGGACUCUGACAAGCAGGCGGGCAUCGUCACCCUGGCCAUCCUCGUAGGCCCCACGCUGUCCUACGUCCUCUACAACCUCCUGCUCUUCGUCCCCUACGUGCUCUUCUGCAUCCUCGCCACCCGGUACACCAUCAGCAUGGCGCUGCCUCUGCUCACGCUGCCCAUGGCCUUCCCCCUGGAGAAGCAGUUCCGCAGCCGAUGCUACGCCAAGAUCCCCCAGAAGACGGCCAAGCUCAACCUCCUCAUGGGACUUUUCUACGUGUUCGGGAUAAUUCUGGCACCUCCUGGCAGCUUGCCGUCACUGUGAUUAACGAGCUUUGAUAUUUCAAAUUUUUGUUUUAAUACAGACUAGUUUAUGUACCUCUUUGUAUUUGUACAAAGCUAUCUGAAGGCUUUCACCUGCUUUAAUUUAUUGUCAUAUUUAUAUGUUGAUCGGAGAUUUAGUUUAGGUCCUCCUCUGUGACACUGAAUCAGAUCUUUUCAGUAUUAAGCCUGCUGUAAUGUAUCGGUAACAGUAAGAAGUGUUGGUUGUCCUUUUGUAGAGGUAGGCAACAUUUUCAUCAUCCAAGGACAGACAAUAAACCAACAGUGGCCAUAUUUGUUCUUCAACACACAACACUGACACUUUAAAACAUCAAUAAUCCAUUAUUCUCAUAUUGUCAACAUUGUACACACGGUACAUGCUGGUAAAUUGUCCAUUGUGAUUUUUCUUUUCUUUGGAGAGCCAAAUAGUAUUUCAUUGGAUUGUAAUAAAACUCGCUGAUGCUGA